AUGGGAACUAGGCUUGACGGUGGGCUGGAAUUUUCUGUUUGUCCUGCAGAAACCUUGAAUGUCAGAUGGCAGCUAUUCUUGUGUGUAUCUGUUGGUCUUUGGGCAGGUCUUAUCAUUGGAUUUGUUACUGAAUACUAUACCAGUAAUGCAUACAGCCCUGUGCAAGAUGUUGCUGAUUCCUGCAGGACUGGUGCUGCUACCAAUGUUAUCUUUGGCCUUGCCUUGGGAUACAAGUUUGUUAUCAUUCCAAUUUUUGCCAUUGCAAUUAGUAUUUUUGUUAGUUUUAGUUUUGCUGCCAUGUAUGGUGUUGCUGUUGCCGCUCUUGGAAUGUUGAGUACCAUAGCAACCGGAUUAGCCAUUGAUGCAUACGGUCCAAUCAGUGACAAUGCCGAAGGUAUUGCUGAGAUGGCUGGAAUGAGUCACAGAAUUCGUGAAAGAACCGAUGCUCUUGAUGCUGCAGGAAACACAACUGCUGCCAUUGGAAAGGUUCAGUUUUCCACUUUUUUCUUCUUUCUUUUCACCUAG